AUGCCAUGUCAGUCGGCACCUGUUCCUCCUCAGGGCCCUCAGGGAGUAACUCCACUGUCUCUGCUCUCGUGCCACAGCGCGGAGACUUCCAGCACGUUUCCCCAGUCGGAUUCACCCGAGGAUGGUGAAGUGAUUCUGGAGAGUUCUGUUGAUCCUCUGGUUGAGGGAGAUACUCUGACUCUACGCUGUUUACAUCGAUCUACAAACUCCUCCAUCCUCGGAGCUGAUUUCUAUAAAGACGGAUCACUUCUCCAGAAUCAGACGACAGGAGAGAUGAACAUCACGACUGUCUCAAAGUCACAUGAGGGUUUCUACUACUGUAAAACACAGAGAGGAGAGUCACCCAAGAGCUGGAUCUCAGUCAGAGCAGCUUCAUCUUCUCUUCUGAUCACUGGAGUGGUUUUGGGAUUGUUGUUCUUGAUCUUGAUCUUGAUCUCUCUGCUGCUGCUCUGGAGAUUCAAGAAGAACAAAGAUCAGCAGGGUAAUAUUAACCAGACAUCAGUCCUUAAUCAGGCUCCACCAGAAAUCUCUACUCUACAGUCUGGUUCUGAUCAGAUUUGUGACGUUGUGACUGAAGUGAAAAAAGAUGGUCCAGAUCCGCUGGCAGAUGUCACAUAUUCAGAAAUCACUGUUAAGAAAAAAAAAAAG